AUGGCAUCAGUCAACUCCAGUGUUCUAGCAUGUAACUAUGCCAUCUCCGGUGCUGGAGCUCCGGAGCUUAACUCCAAGCUUGUUUCAAUGCCAUCUGCUGCAUCCCCAGCUGUGGCUGGUCUCAAACUGCCUGCGAUCAGGGCCCAACAGGCCAGAGUUUCUGAUUCCAAAAAAUGGGGUGCUGGAGAGGGGAGAAGAGCAGCCCUUGUGUACUUGGCUGCCACCCUUUUCACCACUGCUGCUGCCUCCUCUUCUGCCAAUGCUGGGGUCAUUGACGACUACCUGGAAAAGAGCAAAGCGAACAAGGAGUUGAACGACAAGAAAAGGUUGGCUACAAGCGGAGCAAACUUUGCCAGAGCAUACACUGUUCAAUUUGGAACCUGCAAGUUCCCUGAGAACUUCACUGGCUGCCAGGAUCUCGCCAAGAAAAAAAAAGUGCCUUUCCUUUCUGAAGAUCUAGAGUUGGAGUGUGAAGGAAGGGACAAGUACAAGUGCGGUUCCAAUGUUUUCUGGAAAUGGUGAAGAGGGCAAUCUGUUUAUCUCUCUGGCAAACCAUCUACUACCCUCCAACAUGUAUCUAAUUUUCCAUCGAGAAUCUUUGAAUGCUUUACUCAACUUAUGUUCUCUCUACA